GGAGGCUGCGGCCGCCAUGUUGUUGUGGGGCUGAGGCGGCGCUGCGAAGCCGGAGCGGCCGUGACAGGCUGCGCAACAGGUUCGCUGUCGGCGGCCUGGCGACGAACCCGGCAGCGGCGGCGGUCGAGCAGGGUCUCCCGGCGUCCGCCUGCGCCAGCGCUGCUGGAGCCGAGGGGCGCGGGGUCGCGCUGUGACGUGCCGGAGGCGCAGCGGAGGCGCCAGAUGGCUGAGAGCUAGCAAGGAAAAUUCAGGACCAUGAUGGCUCAGUUUCCCACAGCUAUGAAUGGAGGGCCAAACAUGUGGGCUAUUACCUCUGAAGAACGGACUAAGCAUGACAAGCAGUUUGAUAACCUCAAACCCUCAGGAGGUUACAUAACAGGUGAUCAAGCACGUACAUUUUUCUUACAGUCAGGGCUGCCGGCUCCUGUUUUAGCUGAAAUAUGGGCUUUGUCAGACCUGAACAAGGAUGGGAAGAUGGAUCAGCAGGAGUUCUCCAUAGCGAUGAAACUCAUCAAACUGAAGCUGCAAGGCCAACAGCUGCCCGUGGUUCUCCCUCCUAUUAUGAAACAGCCUCCUAUGUUCUCUCCAUUAAUUUCUGCUCGUUUUGGAAUGGGAAGCAUGCCCAAUCUGUCAAUGCCUCAGCCAUUGCCUCCAGUCGCACCUAUAGCAACACCCUUGUGCUCGGCGACUUCAGGGACCACCCUCCCUCCCUUAAUGAUGCCCGCUCCCCUGGUGCCUUCUGUUAGCACGUCAUCGUUACCAAAUGGAACCGCCAGUCUCAUUCAGCCUUUAUCCAUUCCUUAUUCUUCUUCAACAUUGCCUCAUACGUCAUCUUACAGUCUGAUGAUGGGAGGAUUUGGUGGUGCUAGUAUACAGAAAGCCCAGUCUCUGAUUGAUUUAGGAUCUAGUAGCUCAACUUCCUCAACUGCUUCACUCUCAGGGAACUCGCCCAAGACUGGGACCUCAGAGUGGGCAGUUCCUCAGCCUUCAAGAUUAAAAUAUCGGCAAAAAUUUAAUAGUCUUGACAAAAGCAUGAGUGGAUACCUCUCAGGUUUUCAAGCUAGAAAUGCCCUUCUUCAGUCAAAUCUUUCUCAAACUCAGCUAGCUACUAUUUGGACUCUGGCUGACAUUGAUGGUGAUGGACAGUUAAAAGCUGAAGAGUUUAUCCUUGCUAUGCACCUCACUGACAUGGCCAAAGCUGGGCAGCCAUUGCCCCUGACUUUGCCUCCUGAGCUUGUCCCUCCAUCUUUCAGAGGAGGAAAGCAAAUUGAUUCCAUUAAUGGAACUCUACCUUCAUAUCAGAAAAUGCAAGAAGAGGAACCUCAGAAAAAAUUACCAGUUACUUUUGAGGACAAGCGGAAAGCCAAUUACGAACGAGGGAACAUGGAACUGGAGAAGCGACGCCAGGUCCUGAUGGAGCAGCAGCAGCGGGAGGCAGAACGUAAAGCCCAGAAAGAAAAGGAAGAGUGGGAACGAAAACAGAGAGAAUUACAAGAGCAAGAAUGGAAGAAACAACUUGAAUUAGAAAAACGCUUGGAGAAGCAGAGGGAAUUGGAGAGACAACGGGAAGAAGAAAGGAGAAAAGAGAUAGAAAGACGAGAGGCAGCAAAACAGGAACUUGAAAGACAGCGUCGUUUAGAGUGGGAGAGAAUUCGUAGACAGGAGCUUCUCAAUCAAAGGAAUAGAGAACAAGAAGAAAUUGUCCGGUUAAACUCUAAGAAGAAGAGUCUUCAUCUCGAGUUGGAAGCACUGAAUGGCAAACAUCAGCAGAUCUCAAGCAGACUUCAAGAUGUCCGACUCAGAAAGCAAACUCAAAAGACUGAGUUGGAAGUUCUGGAUAAGCAGUGUGACCUGGAAAUCAUGGAAAUCAGGCAGCUCCAACAAGAACUUCAGGAAUAUCAAAAUAAGCUUAUCUAUUUGGUACCUGAGAAGCAAUUACUAAAUGAAAGAAUUAAAAACAUGCAGCUCGGUAACACACCUGAUUUAGGGAUGGGUUUACUUCAUAAAAAAUCCCUGGAAAAAGAAGAAUUAUGCCAAAGACUUAAAGAACAGUUAGAUGCUCUUGAAAAAGAAACUGCAUCUAAGCUAUCAGAAAUGGAUUCAUUUAACAAUCAACUAAAGUGUGGGAAUAUGGAUGACUCUCUUCUUCAGUGCCUUUUGUCUCUGCUAAGCUGUCUCAACAACCUCUUCCUCUUACUUAAGGAACUGAGAGAAAGCUACAAUACACAGCAGUUAGCCCUUGAACAACUUUAUAAGAUCAAACGUGACAAGUUGAAAGAAAUUGAAAGAAAAAGAUCAGAGCUAAUACAGAAAAAAAAACUAGAAGAUGAGGCUGUAAGGAAAGCAAAGCAAGGAAAAGAAAACUUAUGGAGAGAAAAUCUUAGAAAGGAGGAAGAAGAAAAACAAAAGCGACUCCAGGAAGAAAAAACACCAGAAAAAGUUCAAGAACAGGAGCAGAAAGCUGAGGAGAAACGAUGUGAGCCAGCUAGUGCUUUGGUGAAUUAUAGAGCAUUAUAUCGCUUUGAAGCAAGGAGCCAUGAUGAGAUGAGCUUUAAUUCUGGAGAUAUAAUACAGGUUGAUGAAAAAACCACAGGAGAACCUGGUUGGCUUUAUGGUAGUUUUCAAGGACAUUUUGGCUGGUUUCCAUGCAACUAUGUAGAAAAAAUGCCAUCAAGUGAAAAAUCUGUGUCUCCUAAAAAGGCCUUACUUCCUCCUUCAGUAUCUUUAUCUGCUACCUCAACUUCUUCUGAAUCACUUUCUUCAAAUCAACCAGCAACGGUGACUGAUUAUCAAAAUGUAUCUUUCUCAAACCUAACUGUUAAUACAUCGUGGCAGAAAAAGUCAGCUUUUACUCGCACUGUGUCCCCUGGGUCUGUGUCACCUAUUCAUGGACAGGGACAGGUUGUACAAAACCUAAAAGCACAGGCCCUUUGUUCCUGGACUGCAAAGAAAGAUAACCACUUGAACUUCUCAAAACAUGAUAUUAUUACCGUCUUGGAGCAGCAAGAAAACUGGUGGUUUGGGGAGGUGCAUGGAGGAAGAGGAUGGUUUCCAAAAUCUUACGUCAAAAUCAUCCCUGGGAGUGAAGUCAAACAGGAAGAACCAGAAGCUUUGUAUGCAGCUGUAAGCAAGAAACCUACCUCUGCAGCCUAUACAGUGGGAGAAGAGUAUAUUGCACUUUAUCCAUAUUCAAGUGUAGAACCUGGAGAUUUGACGUUCACUGAAGGUGAAGAAAUAUUGGUGACCCAGAAAGAUGGAGAAUGGUGGACAGGAAGUAUUGGCGAUAGAACUGGAAUUUUUCCAUCAAAUUAUGUCAAACCAAAAGAUCAAGAGAGUUUUGGGAGUGCCAACAAAUCUGGAACAUUAAACAAGAAACCUGAGAUUGCUCAAGUAACUUCAGCAUAUGUGGCUUCUGGUUCUGAACAACUUAGCCUUGCACCAGGGCAGUUAAUAUUAAUUCUAAAGAAAAAUGCAAGUGGGUGGUGGCAAGGGGAGUUACAGGCCAGAGGAAAAAAGCGACAAAAAGGAUGGUUUCCUGCCAGCCAUGUUAAACUUUUGGGUCCAAGUAGUGAAAGAACUACACCUGCCUUUCAUCCUGUGUGUCAGGUGAUUGCUAUGUAUGACUAUAUAGCGAAUAAUGAGGACGAGCUAAAUUUCUCCAAGGGACAACUUAUCAAUGUUUUGAACAAAGAUGAUCCUGACUGGUGGCAAGGCGAAAUCAGUGGGGUGACUGGUCUCUUCCCUUCAAACUAUGUUAAGAUGACGACAGACUCAGAUCCAAGUCAACAGUGACCCAAUGUUGUCUUCCAGUGUGAAAGCACCCCAGAGACCCACUAUCCAAGUUUGACUCUAGCGUGGAGGCAGGGCAGGCAGCCCUGAUCAAAUAUCUCUUACACAAUCCAUUCACUUCAUUUGAAUGUUAGAGCCACUUGUGAUUAUUUCUAUGUGUUUCUAACUUACAGUUAAAAUUUAUUUGUAACAAAUUAAAGGAUAGUGGGUCUUUGUGUGGCUUUCCCUGCUGUUCACUCUGGCAUCUUUUAACUUUGUUUUUAAUUUGGUAAUUGUAGGUCAUUAGCGUGCACAUUGAGUUUGCCCUUACGUGGUGGGAAUUCAAACACACAAAGACCCACUAUUUGCACAAACUAUUCUUGCUGGUGUGGAAUGGGUUGCCAUGCUUUUUUAACGUUAUUGCAACAUGUAUAUUCAUUACAGAAUUCAGAUAAAAUUUGCUUAUGUUUUGCUGUUAUGUUUGAUCUAAUCCUAAUCACAGUGAGCUCUUAAAUGGUUCAAUAUGUGAUUUGUCCCCAAAUAUGCACUGUUUACUUUAUUAAUUUCUAAUAUGCCGCGAUUCAGUAUUUAAGAUUGCAAAAGGCCAAGAACUGGAAAUAAUGUUUUCUCUAUUUUCUGUGUAUUUUGGGGUGGGAGCAAUAAUGCUUUGGGGGCGCUUUUCUUAUCUCAUAAGAGGAAAGUGACCUGCCCCAUCCGUAUGUACAGAGUGGGAUGUGUUUCCUCUGUUUGAGGUGCCCAGGAAUGGCCCUGUACUGGGGUAGUUCCCUGGGGACCUUUGUAUGCUCUGGGCUAAUCCUGCAGCAGUUAUUUGUUACUUCUUCACUGAUGACCUAAAAAUGUAUUAUUUUUGAGGAAUGAAAGGCUCCCAUCAUUGACGGUGAAAUAUGAAACCUUUCCUAGCUUAGAGCAUUUAUAUCUAUAAUAUAUUUCAAAGUCAAUGUUACCUAUUUUAAUUAGGUGACUACAUGUCCCAGAUCACAAAAAGACACUGGUCAACAUUGUUCUUAAUGUAUUUAGUAAAGAUCAUAAGGAGUCCUUGAAGAGUUUAAAUGCCCCUGAAGCAGGCAUACAGACUCUGUCUAGUCACGAAUGAAUUUGAGUGAAGGAAAGAUGUGUGAGAGCUGUUGUUCCUCUCUGUCCAUGAAGCUGCUUUGAGGCCAGAGACUGACUUUAUCAUCCAGAAUUUUCUGGCUGUUAUCUAUUCUUCAACUGCAUUGGCUACUUUGGCAUAGGAUUUUACUUGUUUUUCUUGUAUGGAAAACACUUUAAAGAUAAUAAACAUUAUAAACUGAUAAAUGUGAGAAUACUUAGCUGAAACAAAAAAGAGUUUUAGUGGACAGUAUUAAACUGUAUUUGAAAAUCAAAGAAAAGUUUAUGCAAUUUAAAAUGUUUACAAACUGCAGUGCAAUCUACUGUUUAUGAAUGUCAAAGUAGUAUCAGGAAAAGUGUACAUACAAUCACAGAGUCCUAUUUCCUCAAGAGUUCUUUAAGAAGAGUAAAAUACAGUUUUAUAUCUCUGAGUUUAAGUUAGAGGCAUAUUUUGUGCAAUAUUUAUGUUACUGUGCCUACACAUUAUGAAUAAAUCAUUUCAGUCAUACAUUACCUAAAUCUUAACUUUUUACAACACUUGAGAAAGAGUCAACAGUUUAGUUAGAACUUCACAAAGGUCAAAUGUCUGUGUUUCAAAAUACUUCCCAUUAUUGGAAUGUGUGCUGAUAGGUAUGUGUACUCCCUGGGGUCGGUAUUUGUAGUUAUUAGACCACCUCAAUUUUCAGCAUUUGGCAUCAUCGUGAUGCUUUUAUAGGAAAGCAAUAAUACCACUUUACAGGUGGGCUAACAGAUUCGUCUGCAGUCACUAAAGGACACAGUACAAAGAUUGACUCCUUGUGAGUUCAGCUGAUCUUCCAAACUGCGCAGAUUACUUGGUCUUGCCUUUUAUGUUCUGAACUUUCUGCUUUUGCGCCCUUUUUGGGUGCAGAUUAAGGACAGUUAGUUUAAGUCCAUUUUAAACCCUGAGGUUAGAAAUCAGACCACUGCUAAUUAGCCGCAUGAUCUGGUAUAACAUUUUCUCUUUAUGAUUUUGCAUUUGGACUUAUACACUGAUAAAUUAUUUCAAAGGUAUUUUUAUAGCUCAAAUCAUUUCACUUUUACACUGAUAAAUAUAGAUUAUUAAGAAUGUCAUUCAAGUAGAGCUUAGCAUCUGUAAUCAAUUUGAAAAUAACGUAUUCAUCAGGUACCUAUGGACUGAAUCACAUAAUGGCAUAUUUAUGCUGAAUAUUGGUCUGGAAAACAUACUUGCUGUAUUUACUGAAAUACCUCUCUUUGUGUAGGUAUUUUGUCGUAUAUUUGAGAGAAAGCUAAAAGUAAAGUAUGACAUAUAAUAAUAACCUGUCCUUAGAAGUGCAUGCAAUACCUCGUAUUCAGCCAUGUAUUUACUCUCUUCCUCUUCAGUAUAAGAGGCAGCUUUCACUUUGCUUAGAAAGUAACAUUAGAAGGAAAGAGUUUAUCAGGGACACAGAAUUUUAAAAUGGGAACACAAUGGAAUAAAUCUGAAUUCUGUAGGAGGUAAAGUUUAUUUAAAAAUUGUAAUAUGUGAUAAUCAUUUUAAAAGUAUGUGAUUAAAUCUGAUGGGUUUUCCAGCAAUGAAAAAAUCAGUUCUAAAACCAAAGCUGAUUUUUUAGAAAAAUAGGAAAAUUUAAAUCAACCCAUUGUAGAGUUUCCUCUAAAACUUUAUCUCAAAGAGUUAUGUAAAAAUAAUAGAACUAUUAAAACGUUGUAACUGCUAUUUUAGUGUUUUAAAAUACAAUGUGAAUACUGAUAGUUUAAAAUAAAGAAAGUGGGGAAAGUGGAGAAAGAAAUGCCAACCCCUGUCCAAAAGCUUUAUUUGCCAAAUUUUCUUAGAAUGAAUUUUACCAAGUUACAAAUCCUUGUAAAUAGAAUCUAUAAUGGAAAUACUGAGAGUUUUAUCUAAAGUGGCAUUGUUGGAUGCUGCUGUGAUGCUACUGUAAUGUAAUAAAUUAUUAAAUUGUUGCAAAGUGCUGUUUUUUGCCUUAAACUUUUAUUUUGUGUGUCUUGAAAACUAUAGUGUUAAGGGUAUUGAGAUUGUGCAAAUGCUAGGCACGCUCGGCAUGAGGUAAUCUGUUUUUAUUUUUACAAAAUUGUAAUAUAACUAUGCAAGUGUGUUUAUUAAAAGGACACAAACUACA